AUGAAGAAUCCUGCCUUCUUCUGCAUCUCCCUCGUUCCCGCAACCGCCGGGGUUUAUCCUCGCAGAAUCCUAGCCUCCCUCUGCAGGGCGCUGUUCUUCACUUUCUCGUCGUCUUGGGCUGCGAGGUCCAGGUGGAGUCCGAUCAGCGUGGUUAUCACCAACCCGGUCCUCUCCGUCCUGGAGACCUGCGGUUCGAUGCGAGAUCUGAAGCAGGUCCAGGGGCACAUGGUUCGUACGGGGAUGAUCGACCAUCGCUUUCCUGCGAGCCGCCUCCUGGCCUUCUGCGCUCUCUCGGAGGCUGGAGACUUGGAACACGCCCGCAGGAUCUUCUCUAAGAUCUCUGAACCUAAUGCUUACAUGUGGAACGCCAUGAUCAGAGGCUAUCACUGGUGGCGAUCAUCGUCCGCCGCUCUCCAUCUGUUCCGCUGCAUGGUCCGGGAAGACGCAGAGAUGGACGGCCGGACGUUCGUCUUCGUGCUGAAAGUCUGUGAGUCGUCUCCUCAAGUUGCAGAGGGAGAAUGCAUCCAUUCUCUUCUCCACAAACUAGGGUUUGAGCUUGAUCUGUUGGUGAGGAAUGCUCUGAUGCACUUCUACGUCAGAUAUGGAUUCGUGGCCUUUGCUCUGGAUCUGUUCGACCGGAGCUCUGAGAGAGAUGUAGUUUCUUGGACAACCAUGAUCGAUGGCCAUGCGCAGGUGGGAUCCCCAGGCGAGGCUCUGAAACUGGUCCGUGCCAUGAUGCUCGAAGGAAGAGCCCAACCCAACGAGGUCACCAUGAUCACCGUUCUCUCAUCUUGCUCCCAGUUGGGCCUCCUGAAUCUCGGGAGGUCAGUCCACGCCUUCGCGGUAAGAUACAGCAUGAACAUGACCACAAAUUUACUCAACGCCCUGAUCGACAUGUACGGAAAAUGUGGCUGCGUUGACUCCGCGCGACAAGUUUUUGCCGGCAUGAGGGCGAAGGACGUCUUCUCCUGGACCAGCAUGGUCAACGGGUGCGCCAAAUCCGGCAACCUGAAGCUUGCCAGGCAGCUGUUCGAGGAAAUGCCGGAGAGGAAUUCAAUCUCCUGGAGUGCCAUGAUUGCCGGCUAUUCCCAAGCCAGCCUCCCCGAGCCGGCGCUGGAGCUCUUCCAAGAGAUGCAGUCAACGGGCGUGGACCCCAUUGAAGCCACUCUCUUGAGCGUCCUCUCUGCCUGCGCCCAGUCCGGUCGCCUGGACAUCGGUCAACGGGUCCGCCAUUACCUCACCUCCCGGAAGAUCAAGCUCACCACAGCACUGGGGAACGCAUUCAUAGAUAUGUACGCCAAAUGCGGAUCAAUUUCUGAAGCCUCUAAGCUAUUCGCCGAGAUGCCUGAGAGGGAUCUGGUCUCCUGGAACUCCAUGAUUCUCGCCCAUGCAGUCCACGGCAACAGCGAAGAAGCCCUCACCAUCUUUGAGAAGAUGAAGAUCGCCGGCACAGCACCCGACAGCAUAACCUUUGUCGGCGUCCUCUCCGCCUGCGGCCAUGGCGGGCUGGUUGCAGAAGGAAAGAAACAAUUCAGAGAGAUGAUUGACGAAUUCAGUCUGCAACCGAUGUCGGAGCAUUAUGCUUGCAUGGUGGAUCUUCUGGGCAGAGUUGGGCUUCUGGCGGAGGCCGUCGGUCUGAUGGAGAGCAUGCCGGCGGCACCGGACAGGGCCGCCUGGGGUGCUCUCCUCCACGCCUGCAGAAUCUAUGGCGAGGUGGAGCUGGGCAAGCUGGUGGCCGAGAAGCUCAUGGUAUUGGACCCCAGUGACAGCGGCAUCUACAUGCUCUUAUCAAAUCUCUGUGCAGUGAGGGGAGAGUGGGAAGGCGUGAAGAUGGCCAGGAGGAGGAUGAGGGAAGGUGGGAUCAGGAAGGCCCCUGGGCGAAGCUCCAUUGAGGUGGAUGGGGAGCUCCAUGAGUUCUUCGCCUCAGGCAGAUCUCAUCCUCUCUCUGCAGAAAUCUACAGGAUCUUGGAUUUGGUGUAUGCGGAGCUCUGCUGGGAAGGUCACGAAGCCGAUAGAUGA